UUCGUUAAAACGCUUGUAUAUAAACAAUCGUGGCAUAUAAUUUAAUAUAUAUUAAGUGAAAUAGUUAACUGAUAACAGUGAUAACCCAUUAUCAGUACAAUGUGGAAGGUUGUGACCUUAGCUAUGUUAUCACUCUGUCAUGUUAAUGCGCUGGAAUCCAAUUUGUGUCAAGAAACGCCGAAGGAGAAGCACUGUCUAAUAGAGUACAGCGUGAGAGAUCGAUGGCCGCACCAAGUCAGAUACGUAUACAACUGGUACACAAAAUCCUGCUUCGAGAUCCGCUGGUCAGACAACUGCCACGCCGUGCCCUCGCCAACGACCACCAACAACUUUCUGACUUACCAGGAGUGUCUGGACCAGUGUGGUGGGUGGGCGUGAUGACAUCAUCAGCCUGAUUAGUGUUAGGGUAUCAUCAUGAUCACUAUAUCAGCCAUUUGCUGUCCACUGCUAACUGUUCCCCAACGAAUGAAAACCAUUAUGUUCAGGGAUAAACGGGAUCAUGUGUCACGACCGGUAGCUCUAGUUAAAAAAACUUUGCCAUUUUAAAGUUAGGCUAAGUUAGGUUAGUUU